AUGUCGCCAAGCAACUUCUCACUAGCCAGUAAAGUCAAGCUGCCGAACGGCAAGCUCAUGCCCCAGAUUCAGCUAGGCUUGUACUUGAUGAGCCGUCAGGAAGUCAAGGUAGCCGUGCGGUGGGCGUUGGUUGCAGGCUACCGGGGCUUUGACAGUGCUCAGAUGUACCGCAAUGAAAGGGAAGCCGGGCAAGCUAUACGGGAAUAUCUUUCCGGCUCUAACGGUAGUACGGGCGACCUUACGCGUCUGGACAUAUUUUACACCUCGAAAUUGGCUAGCAAUAGCACAUCUUACCAAUCCGUGCGCCGGUCUAUACGGCAGUCUGUUGAAGCCUGCGGGCUCGGCUAUAUCGACCUGUUUCUCCUUCAUAGCCCGUAUGGCGGCCGUGAGGCUCGACUGACGAGUUGGAAAGCUCUUGAGGAUGCGAUUGAUGAAGGGGAGGUUAAGUCGGGUGGGGUCAGCAACUACGGAGUCAGCCAUAUAGAAGAGCUCAUGGCGUCAAAGCCAAGGAUUACUCCAACAGUCAACCAAAUCGAAGUCCAUCCUUUCAACACACAGACUGAGAUCAGGGCCGCAUGCACCAAGUACGGAAUCGUCGUCGAAGCCUACGCUCCGUUAGCUCGAGCGAUGCGUAUGAAGCAUUCGACCAUCGUGGAACUAGCAAAUAAAUAUUCUUGUACGCCUGCGCAGCUACUGGUUCGGUGGUCGCUUCAGCACGGGCUCGUUCCUUUGCCAAAGAGCGCAAAACGCGAGCGUCUACUUGAAAACGUCCAGGUAGGUGGUUUUGAGAUUUCCGCGGAGGAUAUGGAAACAAUGGACGGACUUAAUGAGAAACUUGUUACGGAUUGGGAUCCCACCGAUGCUCCUUGA